AUGAUUAGUUUCUGGAUGCAGCGCCGAAUACACAAAAGUGUUACACACCACCUGGUUAUCCUUAUUCGAUCGUCUCCGACCUGCCGAGGACCCGACACUAAAUUUCGUUUUCCUGAGAAAUUGCAGAAGACACGUAGUAAAAAAAACGAAAGCAAAGAAAAGGAAAAUGAAGUCCUCCCGGAAAAUUGGCAUUCAAUGACCUACUGUUGCAACGAGGACGGGUGCAAUUCAGCUACGAAAUCAGCAUCGCAUUUCCUGGUUCUAGCCGUUUCUGGAGCGCUGAUAGCCGCAUUCAAUAACGCGGUGCACUGAGACAGGCAAUUGAGAGAAGGGUAACGAAAACAGGGGGCAGCUUCGAUAGUUCCGGCUUUCUUUUUGUUGUUUUUU